CGCCUCUGUGUUUUUUGUGGUUUUUUUUUCCCCUAGCUAACUAACUAGCUCCAAGCUACGUCUUCAAACAUGGUCUGAUUUAACACUUGGCAGGUUUGGAGGACAGAGAUGGCAGUGUGUGCACUGACCAUGCUGGAUGGGAUGGAGGAUGAGGUGACGGCGGCGGGUGGUGUCCUGCUCCUGGUCCUGGCCCUGGUCCUGGCCUGGCUCUCCACCCACGUGGCCGACCGUGGCGACCACAUCCUGGGCACCAUCCUCACCGUGGGCGCUCACGCCUCCCUGAUCGGACUGGGAGGCCACGACAACUACGGCGGAGCGCCCGCCGGCGCCGACGCCCCCGAGCAACAGACGACUCCGCCUUCGCAGGAGAACAAGCCCGACGACGGCGGAGGAGAGAACCCGGCGGAGAGGGGGGAGAGCGAGGGGCCGGGGGAGGGAGCCGAGGGGGUUUGGACAGAUCUGCUGCUGGACAUCCAGAGCAAACAGCCCCCGACUCAAAGACCGCAGACAUCCGACGGAGAGGACGACGACCUCGACGAGGACGAGGAAGACGAGGAGGGGGUGGAAAAAGGAGAGGAGGCUUUAAAGCCCAGCACCAGCCCCCCCACCGUUGGCACCACCACGCCCAUCGCCGUACGUCUCAAGUUUUUAAACGAAACCGAGGAGGUGGCUGUUGUGGAACAGCAGGACACAGUGGCAGUGCUGAAAAGUAAGUGUUUCUCCGGCCGGGAGCAGCAGAUUAAAUUGAUCUACCAGGGCCAGCUGCUCCAGGACCCCAAGAGGACGCUGCUGUCCCUGAACAUCACCGACAACAGCGUGAUCCACUGCCAUGUGUCCCAGGCCCUGCAGGAGGCCGGCCCCGAGGAGGGGGCGCAGCCCGCCGCCGCCGCAGCGGGGUCCGCGGCGUCCGGGGGCUUCAGGGCCGCCGGCGUGGCCAUCAGCACCAGCAGCCUGGUGGUGCCCGUGUUCGUGGUGAUCCUGGCGGUGGUGUGGUACUUCCGCAUCAACUACAGGCAGUUCUUCACUGCGCCUGCGACCAUCUCCCUGGUGGGAGUCACUGUGUUCUUCAGCUUCCUCAUAUUCGGGAUGCACAGCCGCUGAAACGGCGCCGAGCGUCCUGAACCGGCUGUGAGGGAACCGGGCGGAGCGUCCGAAGAGACGGACUGACCGGCGCAGACGCCGCCACAGAUCGAGCCGUGCUCAUGUCGGUGAAGAAGAAGAGAUUGAAAUGAGUUUUCUUUGAACCCGACUCCGUGUUUGACACCAUGCUGUAACCCGCCGGCUUGAUCUCAUCUGCUCAUUGUGCCCCACCGCGCUCUCCUCUGCUUUGAUUCUUUUCAAAAAGCACAAUUCUUCUUCAGCUAAUCCUGAAAUCUAAUAAUGAAAAUCCAUGUGGAGCCACUCGCUCUUGUGCCGCGUGCGUCACUUUCGACUCCGUUUCUUUGUAACUGUACACCUGCAAGACGGUCGCUACGUAGGGAUAGAGUAAUUUAAGCAAUCAGCUCUGGAAAUGUACUUUUUUUUGGUUUUCUAAAUAAACAUUGUAAAUAUGUUGUCUAUUUUAUGUACAGAAAUGAUAGAAAGAAUCAGAUGAACUGUGCUGGACUGCUCUGGGUUCAAAUUAAAGCAUUUUAAA